AUGCUACCUGCACGACUCUCCUCUCGGUCCUCUCUGAGAAGUUCUUUACUGGCAUCUACAGCAGCCAACCCUGGUUUUGGUCAUGCCCAAAGACCAAGUGCGCCGAAAUGGACGCGAAAUAUAGCCUCAAACACUUCCCAGCAGCCUCCUCCAUUUGCUUUCGUGUUUGAUAUUGAUGGCGUUCUCCUCCGAGGCCGUGAUGUACUUCCAGCCGCGAAGCGUGCUCUUAACAUUCUUGAGGGAGAUAAUGUGCUUCGGAAGAAGAUACCGUAUAUUCUUCUGACGAAUGGUGGAGGUGUGGGUGAGCACGAGAGGUGUGAAAAACUGAGCGCUCAGUUAGGAUUGCCUAUAAGCACGAGUCAAUAUUGUCAGGCUCAUACGAUUUUGAAGAAGUUCUCUCACAAGUAUGCUGAUAAACCUGUCCUGGUUCUCGGUGGAAAACUGGACACGGUGAGAAAGGUCGCCCACGGGUAUGCAUCCUCGCCACAACCCAUCUGUUAUGCUGAUAUUCCUCGUCUUCAAGAUAUGGCUAUCAAAAGGCCUUCACCACUUUGGACGUCCUUGCGUGGAAACCUUCAGUAUGGCCUUUCCACACACUUUCAGAUGCGGAAAAGCGAGCUACGGUGGUAUGGUCCACGUGCGACUGCUACUCCCCAGUUCACCAUUUUCCAGCCUGUAGAUUUCUCGAAGACCCCAAUAUCCGCCAUAUUCGUGUAUCAUGAUCCUCGAAAUUGGGCACUGGACGUUCAAGUUGCCUGCGAUGUCAUACAAUCUGGCGGCAUCAUUGGCGGCCCAUAUGUCAAUCUCAAAGAUCAGGAUGAACCUGUUGAGCUAAUAUUCUGCAAUCCCGACUUGUUGUGGAAAUCCGACUUCGAUAGACCACGGCUUGGUCAAGGGGCGUUUAAGGCAGCCUUCCAAGCUGUCUUUCAGGCUGUUAUAGGUUCUGAAUACCCUCAUGUUCAAUUCGGAAAGCCAACAGAAGCAACGUACGAGUUCGCGGAGGAGCUCCUCAAGGUCAGGGUCCAAGAAAUGUAUGGCUCAAGCACCAGACUCUCCCCUCAUAUCUACAUGGUUGGCGAUAAUCCUGAAUCCGACAUAGCAGGAGCUAAUUCUGCUGAGUGGUCCUCAGUUCUUGUCAGAACUGGAGUAUACGAACCCUCACAUGGACCACCUCCUCACCUUCCAACGCACUACGCAGAUGAUGUUGAAGAGGCAGUCAAAUGGGCGGUAGACCGUGAAAUGACAAGACUAGGAAGUCAUUUAACUCGGUCCUCGUAA